AUGACUGAAACUUGUGCAAAGUGCAAUUUAGAUCUUGAUGUCGAUGUUGUUUUAUGUGGCGGCAUUUGUGUGCGUGUUGAACGUAGUAACGGAAUUGAAGAAACGGAGAAAGAAAAACUCUCUAAAUGUGAAAGUGCUCGCUCCACCAACAGUACUUCUAAUUUGGCACAUACUACCGUAGCAAUACAUGGUGAUGAUAGUGCAGCGAUAAAGAAUUCUGCCCCUUCCCCGCCCAUAACCCUAACAUCGAAUGUUGAUGCUGCUAACCCAGAUCAAUUUAAUGAUAUCCAAAACAAACCACGUCCCUGUUUAACACCUACGCGUACCUCACCCUCGUCUUCGCCCUCAAUUUAUCCUACACCACCCGAACCAUCAUCAUCAGCAAAUGAAGUGCAUAAUCAUAUCAUUCAGCCCUCUCUUCACUCACCGCCACCGUUAAUAUCAGCUCUUCCAACACCUACUAGAACAUCAUCGUUAGCUGAUAGUACAAAAAUCUAA